CACUCUGUUAUAGCCUCCAGCGACUUUAUAGUUAAUUCGUUCAACCAACUCUAAAUGGGUUGGAGAACCCUAGACAACGCACGAGGCCACCCUUCAUAAAUGCAUAUUUCCCCAUUUCACUCAAACUUCACUCUCCUCCUUUCACUCCAAAGAUGGAGCUCUCUACGAGACUCACCCAACCCAUUUCCAGUUCCCCUCCCAUUAGAUUCUUGACCCCAACUCCCUCUCUCCCUUCCCUUCUCCGCCGUCCUCCGCCGCUGUCUCGCUCUACCCCCCGCGGCCUCCGUUCUCGGGUUUUGUAUUUUAAUAAACCGUUGCCUAAAGCAACAACCUCUGAAGAAGCCUCCUCGACCGGUGCCAAUCGAUUUUUCGGGGAGGACAUCGACGGCGUGACAACAUUUGGGGAAGUUCCGGCGGUUGAGAAGAAUGUAUACAAUGAAAAGCUGCCAUCGGAAGAAUCUAAGGAAGAGUCAGCUGCCGAUGAGGGUUCGCUGAAGUUUGACUUUCUGGAGCAAUUUAAUAUAAAGCUUGACUCUGAAGAUGCAUAUUCAGUAAUAGCAUAUGGAAGUGGUGCCUUGGUUGCAUUGUGGCUAACUUCAGCUGUUGUCGGUGCUAUUGAUUCAAUUCCAUUGGUGCGUUUAAAUUUUCCUAAGAUGAUGGAAGUUGUGGGUCUUGGCUACGCAUUCUGGUUCAGCUCCCGUUAUCUGUUAUUCAAGAAAAACAGGGAGGAGUUGGCCACUAAAAUCGAAGAGCUUAAGCAGCAGAUCUUUGGCUCGGACAAUGAGUGAUAGAAUCGAUUUGACACAGUGAGUUUUGUCUGUUACAUAAAGGAUGUAAUGCAGAAUUGGAUAUUUUCUCUAGUUAAUAUUUAGGCACGUAGUGUACAAAUAUGUCAAUUACCAGACUAGUCAAAGCAUCAAGAUAAAAGAUUUAUUGGUU